AAGCGGGUUUUUUUUCUUUUGUCGGCCGCGUGAGCAGGGUUUUUUAAAUGGGGCGGGCUGUGCGUUGUCUGACGAAAAAAAGCUCCAGCCUAUAGAUCGUUGCAAGGUUUUUGAACCGGUUCGGCCAGGCUUCAGGGGCAUUUCUGAACAAAAUUAAGGACGGGGAAAGCGGACUAGUAACAGGUUCCAAGAGCUAAAGUAAGCAUGAGCGACAAGGGAACCGUCUCGCCGAAAGAGAAAGAGGCGGCAGAGAAGAGAGGGCGUGGAAGACCCCGUAAGCAGCCCCAGGUAAAGACGACUGACGAGCCCAGUGGAUCCCCGACUCCAAAGAGGCCCAGAGGACGACCAAAGGGCAGCAAAAACAAGACCGGCGGCAAGGGCAAAAAGGCAGCGGCAGCUCAAUCUUCAGCGGGGAAACGCAGAGGAAGACCCAAGAAAGAGGAGAAAGAGGAAAAGGCAUCCCAAGAGUCAUCCGAGGAAGAAGAGGAAGAGGAGGAGGACCAGUAAUUCAACGCAUGCUACCUCACUCAACAUACUGACUUACUGUUAACAGAACUGGGCUGUAUCUUCAACACCAGUGCCACCACAUGACCACUGUUCACCAACCCCCUCCCCCCUACUGCCGGAGAGGGGUCAACACAGUACAUACAUCAUGCAGCAGCACUGGAUAGAAAGAUGGACUUGAUCAAGCUUAGAUUUAAAAAUUACAUGAAUGGCCUUUCUGCAAGUCUGUUAUCACAAGUCUCUUAUACUGGACAAAGUGUACUCUGGGGGGCCUGGAUGUUUGUUUGUUUGUCCCCCCUCCCCUAAAGAUGGUUUCUAGGAUUUGUUUCCUCUGCUUACCUGCAUCUGAGAUGGUAGGGCAUAUAGACAUUUCUCUUCCUUUUUUUUUUUUUUUUACUGGACAAAGGUGAAUUUUUACCUGUUUCUUUUUAUAAAGUUGUUAGCCUAUCCUUUACAUCAUACUAUAGAUGGAGUUGAGCUUCAGUGUUUAGGAUGAGGUGAUUUGAUAGUGAAAAACAUCUGUUCCAUGUCUCAUUUUCAGCCCAUAUUAGAGCUUCCCUUCCCAGCAUCCCGCUAGAAACAGUUCAUAGUUAGGAAAAGCUUCUUAGACCUCCUCAAGUCUUCUGUAUGUAGAGGGGAGAUGUAAAGUGUAUAGUUGGUAGGGUUUGGUUCUCCAGGUCACAUGCCAUGUUCAAAAAAAAGUUUUUUUUUCUUUAAAACAAAAAAAAAGUGUGCUGCUUUUCAUGUAAGUCGAAUCUGGUAUAAAAAUGAUUUUAAGUGUAUCGUUUGCAGCGAUCAAGGCAGAGAGUCAUCAGUGUCGUUUCUUCAGGGAGCUUUUACAAAUGCUGUUGUCUUUACACCGUUAUUUCUGUUGUCUUUCCGAGCGCUCACUGAUUCAUGUGGAAGACAAACCUGCAACUGGUCAAAACGUGAAGUUUUCAUAGUGACGGUGGACGGUUGGUGGCACUACCAUCAAACAGGGCUGUACCUAAUUCAUUCCACCUCUGUUUUUGGUUCUUUUUUUUUUUUUAAUCAACAAAUUUUUGUGACGGUUUCUGUUCCAUCUACUGUUUGCUACAGAGAAAUCAAAACGUGUCAGGGAUGCUGCAGUCAGUCCGCUUACCGCCAGGUUUAUUUCUCCACACAGAGCUGCUACAACCUCAGUCGUGACACCCGGAUCACUGCAUUACCGGCCCAACAGAGGCCUGGAAGUUCAUACCUCACUCCACAGCUUAUUUUACCUGGUUUUCCUUGUUUUUAUGGAACUUUAGGCAUGAGUUGAGGAUGUUAUUAGUUUGCUUGAUGAGUUUUAAACCUGUCUGUAACAUUAAAGAUGUCAAAGUCUACAUGGUUUGUCCGCCUUUACAUUUUUGGCUUGUUCAUAAUCGACGCUUGUAGUUUUUUUUUUUUUUUGGUGUGUGCGUGUGUGUGAAGCAAGUCAGGGAGACCUGUCAGCUUGACGUCUGUGUUCGCUGACUGUGGUAGAUUAGCUGGUGUGUUUUUAUCUUUUAAAAAAUUAUUCUGGUGCACUGAAAUGUUCAAAAAAAAUUCAUGGACAAAUGUUUUUUUCCGUGUGUGUAGACUGGGUGCUCUCCACUGUUUUCUGUAGGCCACCAUUUGUCUUUGACACACCCCCCCCCCCCCCCAAAAAAAAAACAAACAAAAAAAACUUGUAAUCCAGUCGCUGUGUCUUUCAUCCAACUACUAAAGGUUUUUUUGUUUUUUUUUACAUGGCAACAUCAUGCAUCCUUUGAUUUAUAUACUGUAAACUCAAUAGGAUGGGUCAUUCUUUUUAAUGUACACAUAUAUAAAUGUACAAUGUCUAUAUUUCUAUGGUGCCCUACAAUUUGUAUCAGAAAAAGGUCAAUAAAGAGAAUUUUCUUUGUCA